GACUGCAACUGAGAUGACUGAUGGUGGAAGCAUUGAGAUUCACAGCCCGGGAACCUGCCGGGAGCUUCUUUUGCUUGGGCAAGAGGAAGAGAGCGACGGGCGUAUGCUAGCUACAGGGACUGCUCUGGAGGCAGGCAACUUGGGAUCUCCACAGCGAUUUAUCUGUAGAGACGGUUGUCGUACAUGGAGUCAUGAGUCAGGUUGUCGACUCUCCAGAACUGUCAGUAGAGACAUGGGACGAGUAUCAAGGAUGUCUUCAGCUGCACAGAUGGCAAAUGUCCAGUCUUGGCUCAGCAGGAAAGCUCGCCGAGCAGUUUUGGUCUUGCCAGAGGCCCCAGAGGUUGCAGGGGUGGAGCAGCUCAUCCAGUCCCUAUUGGACCAAGAGCACCAGCUGAUUUCAGAGCUGGAAGCCACUGCCUCUAGUCAAGCCAGUGAGGCUGCCUGCAAGAGAGAAAUGCUCUAUCACAAGUGGAGCAGUCGUGUGUUUUCACCUCUCCACAACCAAAUCACCAGGGUGAUGGGUGGAAACAGGUUCAAGGAUAUUGAGAGAGAGAAACGAAGACUUUUCCAGAACUACAUCAACUACUGCAACAAACAGAGAGUUUUUCUAGAUACAGUGAGUGGUUCAGAUUACAACCCUCUAUUACUCACUGACCGACACACACAAGUACUGGCUGUUACUGGAGAAUUGGACGACCCACUGCUGACUCAGCAAAUUGAGAGAGCCCAUGAGACCCAGAUAAUCACUGGUAGUCUGCGUGAGGAGGAGGGUGAGGUGGCAGAGAGGGGGCUGGACGCUGUGAACUGGCUGGCUCUUCAGCUGGUUGAUGUUGACAGCGAUGCUCGACAAAGGUCUCGCCUGCGAGUUCAGCGAGAUCAUAAUAAAAGGCAGAGUGGUGGAGGACACCUUGUUCUACCCCACAAGACACCAGCCACACCCCCUCGUAAUCCCCUCUCUCUCAAUUGGCCUGAACCAACAGAAUUAUGAUACUGUGUUAUGCAAUAAAAAUGUGCUAUCAAGUUUCUGUAGGUUUGCUCCACCUGGGAAUGUACACAAGCAUGUGGGGGAGAGUGGGAGGAAUGUACAAUACAGUGAACCUUACUCGUGUCUGGCCCAGCGCCCUAGCUGUAUGAGCUGUGCUGUCUCGUUGGCGAAAUGACAGGCAAAGAGUAGCGGGUUCGGUGGCCCAACUCUGAUAGCAAACCUCAUGAAGAGAGCAGAGUAUAUGCAGAGGGCUGCAGAAAAAAGCAGCUGCCAAUAUUCUUCACCAGUAGUCAUGGUUACUGACCAACUGUCAUCUUAGGACUAAUGAAGUCUGGAUCUUUCUUCAUGUCCGCGAAGGCGGCGAGGGGAAGUCCCCAGUUAGCCACCGGACCCCAGAAAUGCUGUCUCAUGAGGUAUUGUCUGAACUCCUUGCUGCGGAGGGAGCUCCAUAGUUGCCUGCUGUAGCGAGAAACCAGUGACAUCGAUAGCUAUCCCCCAGCAGCCCCAGAGAAAAAGAUAAUGCUGACUCAACAAACAGUGCGCUUAGAUAGCUAGCUAGCUAUGUGUACGUACGCGCCCACCUCGUGGUGUGUGGCAUGGAACAGUUCUGCUCAGCAGCUGACAGUUACCGAGCAGGGAGACUGGUGGAGUGCAAGGACCGCCUUUUGGAAGUGCAGCUCCAAGGUUUCAGUCGAGUGCAGUGGUAUCUGGACUGCAACCUCUUGACUUGCCGUUUCCAAGAGCUGUUGCAGAAAGGGGGAGGGAGGAAUGAGGUGCAGGGAAUUCUCCUGGGCUAUGAGCGACUGUGGAAGAAGAUGACAGGCGUGGCUCCUGGUCCCUUUAGUCUGAGUGUGGAGCUAACUGUGGUCUUGUCACUCUGUCAGCUGCACACCAUUCUCCACAACUGGAGCAUGCUGAGACCACUCAUAUUCACCGCCAUCAAUAGAAGUUUGACUGAACAGAAAUGUUCUGUUCGAUUUAUAUCAGUUUGUUUCUUUCCACAGUCAGUCAAGUCAAUCAUUCCUCUUACUCGUCCCGAUCACUAGAUACUGUUGAUGUCGAAUCAUUUGGAGAUGUGUCAGUAACAUGUGUGGAGAAGCUGAAGGUGAUCAGCGCCCUGCAAGAGGCAGUAGAGAGGGGGGAAAAAGAAAGUAUCUCAAAGGCUAUUUAUGCUCACAGCCACUGGCUCAAUGGAAACCAGGCAGAGUAUGCCUAUAAACAAGCCUGGGUACAGUAUAGUAAUGAAGACUACCACUCUUCUCUGGGCACACUCUCCUCUCCUCCUCUCUCCCCUCCUCCCCUUACACUCUCUCCAUUUGUCCACCUCCUCUGUGGGGCCUGCCACUCCAAGCUGGACCACCCAAACCUGGCACUUCUCCACUGGAGAAGGUCCAUGGAGACAGGCCACACCCCAAACCACACCCCAUUUCUUGCUAGUCUUCAUAACUCUGCUAUAGCAUACACUGCGAUGGGGAACACUGUAGCUGCCGUGGCAACAAGAAGACUGGAGAUUGAGGCUCUCAGGUGUCAGAGUGACUGCGAUACAGUCUCCCUGCCAUUAUGGGUGUGGCUUCAUAAUGAGGAGGGUGGGGCCAGUGUGACACGUCACUCACCUGCUGUGGCCAUGUUUUGCAUGGCAUGGCAGCUCGCUAGCGGUCGAAGAUAUGAUGAGGCAAGUCAGACGUUGCGAGACUGCCUGGCCCUGGUGGAAGAUGGUGCUGUUGUGGGGUCUUCAUUUCCUCUUCCAUCUUCCCUUCAUCUCCUACGAGCCUUGUGUGAGGUGGCCAGAGAGGGGGAGGGGGUGAGGAGGGGAAAGAACAUGUGUCUAGAGCUACUGAAGUCCUCGUCUCCUGGCAACGAUAUCUGGAGAUCUCAAGUCAUGUGUGUGUUAGCGACGGCAUCUCUCCAUCUGGGAGAGAGCAGUGAGACCAGAGAGUGGGGGGUGAGGUGUCUCGGAGAAGUGGAGAAGAUGCUAUGUGAGGUAAAAGACAAACAAAUCCACCAGCAACUCCACCAACUGAAGGUAUUACAGCAGCACUCCCAAAUGUUGCUGGCAAUAGUAGCCAUUGCCAACAGCCACUGGAGGGAAGCCUUACAACUACUGGCGUGUGUCCUGGCCACACCCACUGGACUCUUCAACCACUGUCUCCUCCAGUGUAGAGUGGGUGUGGUCAUGGGCGGAGCUGGUGGGUGGCUGGAGAGGCGUGGCAGUACUCCAGUCGGACGGAGUGAUGCUAGAGACAAACUCAGACACAGCCAGCAACUGCUCCACACAGUGACUGGGUUUGAAAGAGAUUACAUGGCGAUGGAUAUUGCCAUGUUGAAGAUUUGGUUACAGCACAACAGAUGACAGAAAUAGUUUUCUAGUGACUCAAAAAGUUCAUCAUCUUUUCACCCUGUAUGACAUUUGAGAGAGUCAUAAUAACAUAAUCUGGAGCA